AGGAGCAGCUGUUUCAGUUAUUGUCACCCCUGUACACACUGUUUUGACGUUGAAGUUGUGCUCACUUUUUAUUUAUAAACAGAAAACACGGAAAAACAUGGUGUAAACCGUGAGGCGAACACCUACACCAACACACACACCCCGCCCUCGUUGUUGUUGUUCAGUUUUUCCAAUUGCAAGUUGCGAAAAUCGCCCAAGGAGCCUAUAGAUAAUGCACCCAAGUUGCACGCUGCACAGACACAGAAAUUGAUUCGGAAAAAAGGAAAAGCAACCAACCAAGCAGAGAUACAGAGAGAAAAAAAGAAAGUACUCGGACGGCCUUGGUCGAAAUCGGGAGCAGCGCUAGAUAACCCAAUUAAGUAGCCCAGGCUGGUGGGUUUAGUAGGUCACUGCCGCACCGUUUUCGCAAGGGGCAGUGGCCCAAGGACAUUCGGCAGGAGGAGGCCCACACCCACAGCACCCAGGUUACGGCCCACCCAAUGAGACGGUGCGCUGGCAAUGCGCUCACUUGAAGGCAGCCGUCGUCAGGUCGAGCAGCUGGAGCUGGAAGCCAAGGAUCAGGGUCAAAAUCCCCGACAGGAGCAGGCGCUGCAGCAGGCUGACCCACGGCCAUCGAUGGCCAACGAACGGAAGCAGAGCAGUCCCAAAGUGGAGCUAACCAAGCUUAGUCACGAGCUGAUCGAGGAGUGCAAACGCAGCCAGGAGGACUCGCUGCUUUCGCGCCACCUGCGCCACGAACUUGAAAAGUUGCAACGCGAUGCCCGUCGCGAGUUAGUGCGAAAACAGCGAAAUGGCUGCGCACCCCUCUUCAUCGCCAGCAAACGGGGCGCCGUGGUUAUCGCCGAGUAUCUGAUCACCAUCUGCGAGGCGGACAUUGAGCAACGCGGUCACUUCGAGGUGCCGGAGGAUAAUAGCUUCCACUAUGUGUCGCCCCUUUGGGCGGCCGUUGUCUCCGGGAAACUGGCCAUGGUCAAGUACCUGGUGCGGAUCGGAUGCGACAUCAAUGCCACCUCCGAUUCGGGAUCAACUCCCGUGAGGAGUGCCUGCUACAUGACCCACGUUGAUAUCGUCAAGUUCCUGGUGGAGAAUGGAGCGGACAUCAAGCGCCCGAACAUCAACGGCGGAACUUGUCUCAUCAACUCGGUGCAAUCGGUGCAAUUGUGCUUGUAUCUGGUGCGGAAGGGGGCGGACAUUAAUGCCAGAGACAUUCAGGAUAAAACGGCGCUCCAUUAUGCAAUCCAGGAGCACCGGCUGGACACCACAAAGAUGUUGAUCGAGCAAGGAGCCGACCCGUAUGCCAAGAGCCGGUACGGAGACGAUGCCCUUCGCACUGCCUGCUUAAAAGGAGCCCAUCAGAUAUUCGACUUCCUGAAGAAGGAGCUCAACUAUUUGCCUGCAAGGCUGGCCGAGGCACACGAGCUGAUGGGAUCGACGUUCCUGGACGAGCACAACGAGUCGCGGGUGUGCAUCUUGCACUGGCGCAUGGCGCAUCACAUUCGGGCGGCGUAUUCGCCUUAUAUUGAGAAGAAGCCGCAGGUACCACUACGCACUGCCUACGAGAAUGCAGUGGAGUUUAGUACGCUGGAGGAGCUGGACAAUAUUGCCACCGAUAUGGAUGCGAUGCGAACGCAGAGCCUUCUUAUUUGCGAGCGCGUCCUGGGACUGACCCAUAAGGAUAUGCUUUUUCGGUUAACUUUCAGGGGCGCCUCAUAUGCGGAUUCGCUCCAGCUGCAACGUUGUAUUGACCUGUGGCGCUUCCUGCUCGAGGUACGCGUGUCCAAUUGGUCCAUCCUGCACUUUGAGACUUGCUUCGCGGCCCAGGCGCUGGUGCGUCUGAUGCUGGACUUGCAUGUGCAAAACUCGAGUCACAUACGAAGCGAUGCGAGAGCCAGAUUUGUGCAUCAGGAUAAGGUGCUGCCCAGGUUCGAGGAUGUGCUCGGGGUCUUUCGAACUCUGGCGGAUAGCGCCAUUGUGGUGAAGCACCUGCUGCUCCUGAGGCCUGUAUUCAGGAGACAGCAGGAGAACUACGAUCGUGUGAUGAGGUGUCUGGCUCACCUCGUCUACUUGCUGAUCAAUACCGUCCACACAGAGGCGCAGAGCAAGGUCAUCUGCCAGGCGGUCCACGAGACAGUGGUGGUGGGCAACCUGCGCAGCGCAAGCACCGCCGACACAAUGCUCCAUCUCUGCGCCUCGCGGUUGAACGUCAUCAAGAGCGGCUACAUUACCGACGACAACUUUGCCGAUAAGACUGUGUUCCCCAACGCGGAUGUCAUCAAGCUGCUCAUCCAAUGCGGCGUCGAUGUGAACAUCAAGAACGAAGCCAAAUCCACGCCCCUGCAUGUGGCCUGCCAGCCGUACAACUAUGACAAUGAGAUUGUUCACCUGUUGCUCAAGUGCGGAGCGGACAUCGAUCAGCCGAAUCGCGCCGAUAAGCGGCCCUACGACUUAAUAGCCUCAAAUCCCACCAGCACCAUUCCGCUGCUCAAUUUUGUGUCUCUGCAGUGUUUGGCGGCGACGGUGAUCAGCAAACAUCGGAUACCCUACCACAAUCAGCUGCACAGGCAGCUGGAGAAGUUCGUCCGGAGUCACGAGCCGUGAGGAGGUCGGAGCCGGGAAGCGUGUUUUUAAUGUCUAUGUCUUAUGUCUAAAUUAUAGGCGUUUCAGCCUAAGUUCAUUUCCCGCUUUCGGAAAUUUCCAAAAAUUCACCAAUGUCGGUAGCUUUGUCUCGCUAUAUAUAUAAAAUACAUAUUUACAGAUAUCUAUAUCUAUUGUUAUCGGCUUAACGUAGUCUAAAACCACAAUCGAGAUCAGAAGUGUUUCUUCAGCAGAAUCAGAACAACAUUGUAACAGAACAAGCAAAAAGUGUAAACGAUGAACGUGAUAUUAAAAACUAUAUAUAUAUUGAGAGUGUAUCGGAAACAUUAAUAUUUUAGAGAACUUACAAAGCGGAUGGCGGAUUUUAGUACUUAACAAAUUCUGCUCUGCUGUUUGAUUAUUAGAUCCUAAAGAGAGAAACUCACUGUAACGCCAAUAAAGUUUACACAUUAUCUACAUAAAUACAAUUACGCCUGAAACAUAUACUAAAUAUAUACUAUAUAUAUAUAAUAUAUACAUACAACUAGAAUAACUAAUUGAACACUUGUUGAACCACUUAAAUCGAACUCGAUAACUUCUUAUGAUUACCACUCUUUUUAGACCUAUGUACUUUGUGCAUUGUCUUCGCCCGCACCAAGUAUUUUAACAACAAUUUCUGUGAGACCGAUGAUAAUUUAAAUGUGAAUUACAAUAUUUGAGACGGUCAAAGUCCCUAAAAAUGUUCGACAGAAUUUGUCACCAAGUUCUUAUUGUUACCACGCAUUUUAGACCUAUGUACUUCGUGUAUGUGUGCGGGCCAAACUAUUGUCUUGGCCCGCACUAAGUAUUUUAACAACCAUUUCUGUGAGACCGAUGGAUUGAGUUCGUUUAGCACACGUGUUGCAUAAGACAGAUCGAAUAAUUAUCUACUGAACUCUGAGUAAAACGCAAAUCUAAUCAAUAAAUUGAAUAGUUUUCAGUUUACGUUUACUGUCAAUAAAA